AUGUCCACGCCAGCGCAAGUGCUACGUGACGUGCAAUUCAACGAACGUCUAGCCGCCGUCGAAGCGCGUGUCCCAGCCACACUGUCCCAAAAGGGCUCGCUCGCCAAGCGCAACCAGGCCAAGCGCAAGCUCUACCACGACAGCGAACUCGUCCGCAUUGAGCUGGAGGAGCGUCUGAACGCCUUGGGAAUCGAAGACCAGUGGCUCACAGCUCCUGAGAUGCAGGAGGCCAAUGCCAAGCUGGACACGUUGCGGCACCAGCUCAAGCUGGAGGUAUUACCAGUCAGUGCCUCUCCCUUUGAGAACCUCUACAUGGUCGUCCGGAUGCUCACGAUGCUCCUCGUCCUCGUGGGCUGGCUGAGCUGUGUGACGAUCCUCCUACCCCUCAAGUGGCUCACUCCAGUGCUGAAGGCAGUGGGUGUCAAGAAGAACUACCUGCCCAUGGACAUUUUGUCGUGGGGCACAGCUGCGAUGGUGUGUCUUACAGCAUGCACGGACGUCAAGGCUGAGGGGGUGGACAACUUGUUGAAUCUACGGGACUCGGUCGUCUGUAUGUUCAGCCACUCGUCGAACUUGGAUGGGUUCAUAGUCAACAACUCGUCGCCCAUUGCGUUCAAGUUUGCAGCCAAAAAGAGUCUCUUCCUGGUUCCGUUUCUAGGUUGGUCCGCUCGUUGGGGCUAUGGCUUUGUCGCCAUUAACCGCUCCCACCGCUCAUCAGCACUGAAGAGCUUGAAGGAGCUGGCGGUGUCAGUGAAUGACCAUGGUAACUCCGUCGGCAUCUCUCCUGAAGGGACGCGCUCGAAAGAUGGGCUGCUGCAGGAGUUUAAGAAGGGACCGUUCUAUUUGCGCGAGGACACGAAGAAGGACGUGUUGCCUGCUAUCGUGUUCGGGGCGUACGAACUAUGGCCUCCUGGCCGUCUUUUCAGUAUUCCUGGACACACACUGGUGCGAUACCUGCCGGCUUACAAGCCGGACCCGAAGCUGAACCGGAAUCAGAACCGUCUCGCGCUCCGUCGCAUCUACCUCAAAGCUUUUACCGAAGACGUCCCGGACUAUAUUGGCACACGCGUGGGCACCAUGUUCAUCCUGAAGAACAUGGCCCACCACUACCUGGCAUGGAUGAUUACGUUCAAGGUGACAUCGUGGGCGGCCACAUGGAUUCGAUUCGUCUGCUUCUCUCUGGACAUCACGUACGGCACGUUCAUGCUCAUUUCCCUGGUACUGAUGGCCGUGGGCGAAGCCGUCAUGUUCUUCACCUGCUAA